AUGCCAAAGCUGGUUGUGGUCCCGUUUGGGCCUUUGGGCGGGGCGGAUGCAACAUGGGUCAUUAUUGAGGAUUAUAACGCAAUUUAUGUAAUUGGGUAUGCUUUCUUUCUAGACUUUUACGUUUAUCUUGAAAAAUAUAAAAGGUGUUCAAACUUGUCUCAAGAUUCAACCCAUGCUAUACUCUUUGGAUGUGCUUCUCAGUACACAAUUAUGCCAACUUUUGGAUUCAUAAUAAGCAGAUUGUUGGGGCUCUCACCAUCUCUUUCAGUUGGUCUAAUAUUACUUUCUUGUUGUCCCGGAGGCAUUGCCUCUAAUAAUAAUUUGAUCUGUACAUGUACAGAUCUCAUCAUUACUUUUCUGCUACUCUUUAUCGGAUGUUCUUCAAGGCCACUCUACCCGCUUCCAAGUCACGAUGAAAAGACGAAAAUGCCCCUACAAACUUUUCGUCCAUUUAACGUUGCACAUCGGGGUUCAAAUGGAGAACUCCCAGAAGAAACUGCUCCUUCUUACUUGAGGGCAAUUGAAGAAGGAACAUACUUCAUAGAAAUGGAUAUUUUAGUUAGCAAAGAUGGUGUUCUUAUGUGUCACCAUGAUGUUAUUCUUGAUGACACAACCGAUGUUUUAGAACAUAUACAGUUUGCAGAUAGAAAAAGAACCUAUGAAGUUGAAGGAGCUAACAUGAAUGGAUUGUUCAUGUAUGUUUCCUUAAAACAUCAAUUUUUAUCUUAA